GUUCUAAGCAUUGGAGAGUCGGAACUCAAGAGUCAAACCACGUUGAAAACUGGACUAGUUUCGUUUAUUAUUACGUUCAGUACAGACAUGUCAAGAAAAUACUGCAACUUGAUAAUAUUAUUGUUAACUAUUUUUUUGUUAACAACAGAUACUACUUCUUUACAGCAUCCAAUAGUGGUCGCAGAAUACGAUAUUAAUGAACAUAAAAAUUAUAACGAACAAGAACAAAAUUACAAUCAACAAAAGCAAAGUUACAAUCAACAAAAUUAUAAUUACAAUGAAUAUCAAAAUUUUCAACCAAUAGUAAAAUUUGAUAGACCAAUUGUUGUGAAAGCUAUUGAAAAAUCAAAAGAUCAGCAAGAUUUCAGUAAAAUUCCUGGUAUUUCUGGUGUAGACUAUCCCUUGUAUCAUAGUGUGCCUCCAACGAGUUUUUCAUGCGCACACGUUCCUUUCGUACCUGGAAUGUACGCGAAUGUGGAAACCGGUUGUCAAGCAUAUCAUAUUUGUCAUGAUGGUCGCGAAGGUCAUCAAGGUGCAUCUUUUCUCUGCACAAAUGGAACUCUUUUCAAUCAACAAGAAUUUGCUUGUGAUUGGUGGUAUAAUGUGAACUGCGCUGAUGCACCAACUUUAUAUAGGUUAAAUGCAGAUCCGUUAAAAAAUCCUUACGCGCCAAAAGAAAAACAAAAAUUGGAAGAAUUUCGAAAAGAAAUAUAUUCGAAAAUCGUUGUAAUUUAAAAUUUAAUAUCUGGAAGUGAGUUUAUAUGAACAAAAUUUUUAUAUGUAAAACUAAGAUUUUAUUAUUUGAAUAAAUAACUAUUGAAGAUUA